AGUAAAAAAUGGCAAAACCUGUUGACCAAACCAAACAUUUAGCCGAUAUAGUGGGUGAAUGGGGUAAAUGGCAGUUUCAAUUGGUCAGUUAUGUUUUUAUGUUGACAGCCGUCUCAGCAUUUAUUAAUAUUGGUUAUAGUUUUCAUGCAAAAACUGUAGACUACUGGUGUCACGAUGUGCCUCAUAAUUAUACAAAUAUAACAGAAGAAAUGAAAUGCCAUUCAUUUGUUAAUCCGACUGAACGGUGCACUCAAUGGCAUUAUAAUAGGACUCAGUUUUAUAAGUCAAUAAUUAUUGAAUUUGAUUUAGUGUGCGAUCGUUCAUAUUAUGCAUCGCUAACACAAUCAAUGUUUAUGAUGGGAUAUGUAAUCGCGGGUAUCAUAGUAUCCUAUUGUAGUGAUAAAUAUGGCCGCAAACCGGUUGCAUUGAUUUGCUAUACAAUUGAGGUGUUGGGUCUUAUUUCGUGUACAUUUUCAUACAAUAUUUAUCAGUAUAUGAUUUCCCGUAUGUUUGUUGGUUUAGCACAUUCAGGAGGCGGUUGGAGUAUAUUUACCAUUUUACUUGAAUGUUGUGGUCCUAAACAUCGAUCAGAUAUAGUAUUGCUUACGGGUAUCGGUUGGGUAGUGGGUUAUAUGAUUUUACCGGGUAUUGCAUACCUAAUACAAGACUUUCGUUAUUUGACAUUCAUAUCAACCAUUCCCAUGAUGUUAAUGUUAGUAUGGCUUUACUUUAUGCAUGAAUCGCCGCGUUGGCAGUUAGCUAACGGACAGUUGGAUAAAGCAGAGGUUAAUAUUGCAAAGGCAUUGAAAAUGAAUAGAAAAAGUACUGAUAAUCUACGGCAACAAAUCAAUCAAAUAGCAGAUACUAUACGAAAAUCGGAAUCUAAAAAUGGUGGCAAACGUAUUAAUUUGUUAGAUUUGUUUAAAACUCCAAAUAUACGCAAAUAUACAUUUAUAUUAUGGUACCAAAACAUGGUUAAUGCACUAAUUUAUUAUGGACUAAGUUUUAAUAUGGUUGACUUUGGCGGCAAUUUCUAUAUAACUUUUUUAUUGUCAGGACUGGUAGAGUUACCGUCACAGCUAUUGACACCACUUUUAUUAAGAUUUAUUGGUCGCCGAAAACUGUUUGCAUUAUUUAUGCUAAUAGUAUCGGUCUCUUGUAUUGCUGUAAUACCAGCGACCAGUUCAUGGCUUAAAGUAUUACUGGCUUUAAUAAGCAAGUUUGCCAUUAGUACCUCAUGGAGUAUUGUUGCCAUUCAUGGCAAUGAAAUCUAUCCCACAGUUAUUAGAGUUACCGGUAAUGGUGUCGCAUCAGUAGUCACACGAAUCGGAUCUAUUAGUGCACCGUUUAUGGGGAAUCUGACACUGAAAACUAGUUUGGCAUUUGUUAUGAUAAUUUAUGCCAUACUCAGUACUGUCGGCGCUAUACUCGGCUUGUAUUUACCGGAAACUAAAGACAGAGAAGUGCCCGACACUAUAGAAGACGCAGAAAAUUUGGGCAAAACUAUAAUUAUGGUGUCAACUGAAAGUGAUCCAAAACAUUUGGCCGAUUUGGUGGGUCAAUGGGGUCGCUGGCAGUUUCAAUUGGCUGCUUAUAUAUUUUUAUAUGAAUCUGUUUCUGCAUAUAUCAGUAUGGGUUAUAAUUUUCACGCCAUGAAUGUCGACUACUGGUGCGCUGAUGUUCCCGCAAAUGAAAUCAAUAAAAACAUAACUAAUGAUAUUACCUGUAAUUCAUAUACAAAUCCCAAUGAGAGUUGUACUCAAUGGCAAUACAAUAAAACUCAAUUUUAUAAAUCAAUUAUCACUGAAUUUGAUUUGGUAUGCGAUCGUCAAUACUUUGCAUCUCUCACACAAUCAAUGUUUAUGUUUGGAUACGUGGGUUCGGGACUAAUACUAUCUCAUUAUUCCGAUAUUUAUGGCCGAAGACCAAUACUAUGGUUGUGCUAUAUAUUAGAAUUAUUGGCAUUGAUUUCGUGUGCCUUUUCAUAUAAUAUAUAUCAAUAUAUGAUAUCCCGUUUGAUCGUUGGUUUGGGUCACGCGGGAGGACUUUCUAUUGUCUAUGCAAUAUUAUUAGAAAGCUGUGGUCCCAAAUAUCGGUCAGACGCUAUACUAUUGUGUUAUAUCGGUUGGGUAUUAGGUUAUGUACUUUUGCCUGGAUUUGCAUAUUUAUUGCAGGAUUUUCGUUAUAUGACAAUUACAUCAAUACUACUGUUGCUAUUAAUUUUAAUUUGGUUUUACUUUCUAUACGAGUCUCCGCGCUGGCAGUUAGCUAAUGGACAUUAUAAUAUGGCCGACUUUGGCGGCAAUUUUUACAUAUCUUUCCUAUUGUCAGGACUGGUAGAGUUGCCGUCACAGUUAGUGACACCACUUUUAUUAAGAUUUAUUGGUCGUCGAAAACUUAGCGCAAUGUUUAUGAUAUUAGUAACCAUUUCUUGUAUUGCUGUUAUUCCGGCCAAAAGUUCAUUUCUUAAGAUAGUUUUAGCACUGAUAGGAAAGUUUGCCAUAACUGCCGGAUGGUCUGUUCAGGCACUUAUGUGUACUGAAAUAUAUCCAACAGUUGUGAGAAAUACAGGUUCUGGAGCUUCACAAGUGAUUGGACAGAUCGGAUCAAUUAGUUCACCUUUUAUCGGAAAUCUGAUAAUAAAAACGAGCCUAUCAUUUGUAAUGGUUGUUUAUGCUGUCCUCAGUACACUCAGUGYUGUACUCACUCUUUAUUUACCCGAAACUAAAGAUAACGAAAUACCCGACACUUUAGAAGAUGUAGAAAAAUUAGGCACUUCUAUGAAAAAAUAA